AUGAGUUCUCCCAAUGAAAAGGAACAGAAAAAGCCUUCCCGGCCCCCUCCUCCAAAACUGACCCCAAAGCCAGGGAAGGUGAAAGUUGUCAGGGCUCUCUACAAAUACACAGCACAACUUGCUGAUGAAUUGUCUUUUGAGGAAGGUGAUCUCCUCUAUAUCACUGACCAAGCAUCAGAUCCUGACUGGUGGAUGGCUGCAACUGGAGACCGUAAAGGGCUCAUACCAAGCAAUUAUGUGGAAGAAUCAACAGAACACAUUGAAGCACCACUUCAUGAUGCAGCCAAGCGUGGAAACAUGAGCUUUAUGGAAGAAUGCUUGAAAAAUCAGGUCUCUGUGAAUGGUUUAGAUAAGGCUGGCAACACUGCUUUGCAUUGGGCUGCUCGUGGUGGACAUAUCCAGUGUGUUGAGAGGCUUUUAAAAGCCCCAAAGGUGGAGAUUAAUGUUCCCAACAAGAUGGGUGACACAGCUCUUCAUCUGGCUUCCUACAAGGGUCAUACUGAUGUUAUCCAGAUUCUUCUUGACCAUGGAUCUAACCCAAGAAUGACCAAUCGGGAUGGAAAGAUGCCAAUAGCAUUGGCUGGGAAUCCAGCAACAGCAGAUAUCCUACAAAAGCAUAUGGCCAAGGACAGACAUUCCUCCAAUGCAGCCUCCUUUGACUAUGAAGAAUAUGAUGCUGAUUCUGAUUAG